UGACAAACCAAUGAUGUUCGUUUGUUUUACUUGAUGGCCAAAUCCCGUGUAGGUCAGACCCAUUCAACUCUUUUAUUUUAUGGUUAGCGGUUAGCCCAUCAGAUACCAUGCAUUAGUUUAUUGUUAAAUUUUUUUUAGCAAUAAAAAGGAGUAUUGUUUUUGCCUUUUCAUAUAUACUUUAUCACCACGGAGAAAUAAAAGGGCUUAAAGUAAAAAAUUGACACUCCAUGACCCAUUUAAAUGCUCAUGUGUACGGUAAGUUGGCCCGUUCCACAGAGGAAAGAGAAAAAAAUUGACACUCCCUAUUCUACCCUUCCUACAAACGCUCAUGGAGCAUGGAAUUUGGAAUGGGGGAAGAGUUUUUUCCUCCAUGUUAUUGUAUGUUUUUAAUUUAAAAAAAUACAACAAAUGAACUUAGUGUGAUUGGUUAUGAUCCUUGCUUUUCUUUAAAAUGGUCAUGGUUCGAAUCCCAGUACGUGCCUUUUUAAUGAAUAAAAAAAAGUCAUUGUGAAGACCAAAAUAUCCUUCCUACUUUCACUCUCGUUGCAGAAAAUUUGAAAUGGGGCUCCCGUUUUUCCCUUCGUUGUAUUAUAUUAUGUGUAGAUUGGUCACGAGCUAACUCUUAAAAAGUUAUAUCAAGAUAGCUCUCCGACUUCAAACCAACAAUCUUGCAAGUCGAAACAAAUCUUUACGCAGAUCAGACUCGUCUAAUAACAAGCUAAAUUAUAUAGUAAUUUUUUCACGAGCGCACGGCUCGAUUUCAUACCAAGCCUGCCUACCAAACAUAGAGAGAGAUCCCCAUACCUUCUCAUUUCAGACCAGCAAUCUUGCAAAUUUCCCACCCACUUUUCUCUUUUGUUUCCGCCUAGUAUUAUUGUCAAUUGUGAGUGGUCUUGCCCCCACGGUCCAUUAAACGGUACCGUAUUAACGAUUCAACCACAAAAUAUCAGUAUCGGAGGCUAAACCGAUAGGCAGUAUUUAACGAUAUUAAUAUUGAACUACGGUUCAACCACGAUUUUGCCGUAAAAUACCCUACCGCUGACUUUUCCGAUACAGUCUCCGAUACAGUUUCAUGGACCAUGUCACCUAUAGGAUUUUCCUGAAGGUGUUGGGUUUGUGAACCGGUCUACGCCACCAAGCCGUAUAAAAUUGACCUAUGCGGCGUAGCAGCAGGAUAUGAGCAUUUGAUAACUGCCAAUUGGACUUGUUUCCAACAUUUGACCUUCAGAUAUGGAUCUUUCGCUUUGAUCUCUUUUUUCCCUCCUCCAAAAGAUCACAUGUUUUGUUGCUUUCACGAAAUCAAAAUAUUACUAUUAUUAUCUUUGUAUUGACUUGAAUAGCCUCUAUCAGACAAAGUCGGACAAUAAGUGGUUUAAGUACUAAGGCGUGAGAUUAAUACGGUCUGCUCUCAAGUUUUGGUUUUUAAGAUCCAUCAUUUUUCAGAAAUAAUAAUAACCAUCGCCACAGUGGCGUAGCCAGAUAUCGAGUUCAUUGGAGUCCUUAAAAAUUUACUAACACUAAUGCUUGUGUACCUGAUGAAUUUUGGAGUUAACCGGGGUCCUUGGUGAGCUAACAUCGUCGAGACUAUUGGGUCCUAAACUUGAAUUAUCGCACUAAAACCUAUACAUUUAUGGGUCGUUUGGAUUAGAGAUUGUAGUGAGGGAUUUUAAAACAAUCUCUCAUUGUGCAUGAUUUUAAAACAAUCAUGCGUUUGGUAACAUGAGGGUUUUCGUAAUUAGGAAUUUUACGAAAACAUGCUGAAGAAGGUAGUUGCAAGCACCGCCGACGGUGAUGCAGAACAUGGGGUUAUCGUUGGCGUGCAGACCCAAAUGUGGGCGAUUUCGUUGGCACGUAGAACUGGGCUUUCCAUCGGCGUCUCUACAUAUCUGAUUUGCUGGAUUUCUUGUUCGAGAUAGUGAAAAUAGAAAGCAAACAGCAGAGGAAAGAGAAGAAGAAACAAACACAAAUGAGGGAUAAGUUAGGGAUGGGUACAAUUGUAAUUUUAUUUUUAAUUAAAAUUCUUCAUUCAUUUCCAAACAAGUAAUUUGGGUCAAAUCCUACAUUUAAAAUAUUUGAAUUUUUAAUUGAGAGAUUUUAAUCCAAAUUCCUCGUUUACACAUUUCCUCAUUCAAAGGGUUUUGUUGCUCAAUUGUUUGCCAAGUAGGGUCCUAGGACCCCUCUGGCCCUCUCCUCCUUACCUCCCUCCGUCACUGUCCAUCGACCAUCGACAAGAUGGUGAGUUCAAAUCGCUUACAUCCAUACUUGUCAGGUAUUAGUAACGAUCAAGUAAAGUUGAACAUAUCCGCUAAGAUGCAUCUAAUCACAAAAAAAUACAAUACACAAAAAAGAGGGAAAAUUUUAAGUGUUCGUUUGAAACCUUCAAUCCUAGAAAUGUUGUAUUUCGAUAAUGCAUGCAUUAAGAUCAUGUAUUAAAUAAUUCUUUUAUUAGAUACUUAUAUAUUUAAGUUAUGAAAAAAGGACAUGGGUGGUUUGAAAUGAUGCCUCCGCCACUGAUUAUAUGUUAAAAUAUGCAAAUUUGUAGAAGCCACGAAUCUAAACUUCUUUUUAACUCCAAAACCUACAAAUUUUUCAAAACUCAAAACUUUUAUUUUCGAAUCAAACACGGAAAAAAAAAAGUACUCCGGAGAUGCAUGUAUUUUGAGAAUCCAUCGACACCUAAUAAUUGAGUUCCGAGACUUUGAGGAACGGAUUUUGACAGUGUAAAAGCGAAGGGAGAGAGAGAGAGUCCGCAUUCACUAAUCAGUGAAUCACAACUGGCCAACUACUGCCAAAUGCCAGUUCCCUCCCUUUCCAUUUCCGUUUUUCUUUUUUACUUUAAAUUUUCUCAAACACAGUAGAAAAAAAAUUCCAAAUAUUAAAAAAAAAAAGAGAAUUUCCCGAAAUAAAUUCCUUCAUGUCCAAAAAUCAGUUUCCCGACCACCGCCCGCAUUCCAACGCGCACACCCAAACAGAUUUCAUUACCGCCCUCCCAUUCACUCUCCUCCUUCCUCCACAGUUGAACUUGAAUCGCCAUUAAUGGCGAUCUCAUCGUCGUCGUCGUCGUCUUCCUCCUCCUAGACCACGUCAAUUCCCAACCGCGAUUGCCAUCUCCGACUCCGUCGUCUCUAAUUAAAUAACAAACAACCACAAACACUGCGUACCCCAUCUACAUUAAAUUGCUUCCAAUUUUGUUUCCCCCCCACCUUCUUCGUCGUCUUCCUCUUCUGCUCCGGACAUUUCUAUUUUGGCCGUACAGCGACUCUGAAAUCCCCCCCCUUUCCAUAUAUAUAUGGGACACCACUCCCAUUCGCACGCCCAUCACCACAACACCAGCGAUGGCGUCUCUCAGCGAGUCAACAGCCCUCGCUUCACGGGCUCCAUGACUCGCCGGACUACUUCCUUCAAGCGCAACCCCAACGCCGCCUCCGCAGCCGCUAAUGCGAACGGCACCGCGGGCGACACCACCGCUGCUCAAGCGGCCUCCAACAGCGCCGGCGCCAGCCCCAGGUUCGGCUCCGCGGGGGACGAGAUUGAUCUCCAGAUCGCCUCGCCUAGAUCUGAGGUCGUCGUCGUCGACGGCUUCGAUCGCCAGCACCUCGUCCAGAGAGUUCACGCCGGGGUAGCGAGGAGUAGUAGGAAGGGCGGUGGGGGAAUCGGAUCCGUCGUCCGGGAUUUCGGUCUCAGGGAGCGGAAGAAGCUCGGGCAGUGGAUGUUCUUUGCCUUCUGCGGCGUUUGUUUGUUUUUGGGCGUUUUCAAGAUUUGUGCCGGCGGCUGGUUUGGAUCUGACCUCGACGGCGCCACCUACCAGCAGGAUUUGCCUGAUCAUGUAACCCAACUGGACUUGGAUGAGAGCUCCCACAUUUCUGACACUUUUGAGUAUAAAGACAAUGGCGAUGCAGAUAGAAAUCUAAAGGCAGUCACUGCAGGUUUAGAUCUCAGUGAUGAUGCCAAGGUUGAAGACGUGGAUCGAAAUCUAAGGACGUCGACCACAGGGCUAGCUCACAGUAAUAGUGUCAAGGUUGAAUUGUCAGGUAUCUGGGCAAGACCUGACAGUGAGAAUUUCACCCGCUGCAUUGACUUACCAAGAAGUCACAAAAGGCUAGAUGCGAAAACAAACGGUUAUAUCCUCAUAAAUGCCAAUGGUGGCUUAAAUCAGAUGAGAUUUGGGAUCUGUGAUAUGGUCGCUGUGGCUAAGGUUACGAAGGCCACACUGGUCCUUCCCUCUCUUGAUCACACCUCGUAUUGGGCAGAUGACAGUGACUUCAAGGAUCUGUUCAAUUGGCAACAUUUCAUCGAGACGCUACAAGAUGAAGUACACAUAGUUGAGGCUUUGCCAGCAUCUUAUUCAGGAGUGGAGCCUUUUGUGAAAACACCAAUAUCUUGGUCUAAGGUUAGCUAUUAUAAAAAUGAGGUCUUGCCACUGUUGAAGCAGCACAGAGUAGUCUACUUUACGCACACUGAUUCUCGGAUUGCAAAUAAUGGUAUCCCGGAUUCUAUCCAAAAGCUAAGAUGUCGUGUGAAUUACAGGGCAUUGAAAUAUGCCAAACCAAUAGAAGAACUUGGAAACUUGCUGGUGGCAAGAAUGAGAGGAAAUGGGAAUCCUUACCUUGCACUCCAUUUGAGGUAUGAGAAGGAUAUGCUUGCAUUUACUGGCUGCAGUCACAGUUUGAGCGCAGAAGAGGACGAGGAGCUACGAAGCAUGCGUUAUGAUGUGAAUCAUUGGAAGGAGAAAGAAAUAAAUGGGACAGAAAGAAGGUUGGUUGGUGGUUGUCCAUUGACUCCCAGGGAGACUUCUCUACUGCUGAGAGCACUGGGCUUUCCUUCCAGCACUAGGAUUUACUUGGUAGCUGGUGAGGCCUAUGGGAACGGAAGUAUGCAGUAUCUGGAGGACGACUUCCCAAACAUCUCCUCGCACUCGACUCUGGCUACAGAAGACGAGCUGGAACCUUUCAAGAAUCAUCAGAACAUGUUGGCUGGUAUAGACUAUGUCGUUGCACUUCAGAGUGAUGUGUUUGUGUACACUUAUGAUGGAAAUAUGGCCAAGGCAGUUCAGGGCCACCGACGAUUCGAGAACUUCAAGAAGACCAUCAACCCCGACAAGAUGAACUUUGUGAAACUCGUGGAUCAGCUAGACGAGGGGACACUGUCGUGGAAGAGGUUCAGUUCCAAAGUGAAGAAGCUCCACCGGGAGCGAAAUGGAGGGCCAUAUUAUCGGGAGGUGGGAGAGUUUCCGAAGCUGGAAGAGAGCUUCUAUGCAAAUCCUCUUCCAGGGUGCAUUUGUGAGAAGGGAAGGCGGAAGUAAAGCAGAGGACAGAGCGAGAGAGAGGAAGCUCUCUCCCUUGUUUCAUUCUCCAGCACACAAGGUUGCGCCCACCCGGGAAACAGGAGUUUGAGGAGAGAAAUGGUGCUGCUGCCUGCCAUUCUUCCACCAGUAUUAAGUCGGAAACUGGCGCUUGUACAUCUCGUCAAGCUUGACGAAUGGCUCGGUUUCAAACUUGAUAGGAGAGUAGCUGGAAACAAUCAACAACAGAAAAAAAGGAAAUUGCGUAGGUGAAGGAAUGGAGGGACCGUCGUCAUAAACUUCUUUUUUUUUUUGUGUACAAAACACAGCACCGACGAUACAGAUACUAAUGUAUGUAGCCGAGGGAUAGGAAAGCUGUAAAAUGUCAGCUCAGUUGGGCUGAACAGGGUUUUGUUUUGCAUUGAAAAACAGCUCCAGAUUUGUUGGAGCCACAAAAACACAUUGAAUUAUUGGGAUGUUUUUCCCAUAUUGCUAUUCUACCCUCUCAAUUUUUUCUGAUCAAAAUAAUGAACGCUUUAGGUUUAGCCAAACGUGAUUUUGUUUUUUUUAGAUAUAUCAUGACUUCUUCCCAAAAUUUCAUGUCUUUGCUCUGGAUAUUCACUCCAAUCAUGUUUUGUCAGAUAAGAUGGGUUGUUCCUUAAUAGCUCAUUGAUAUCUCCUGUGUUUUGUAGCCUUGGGGAAAUGUACCACUAGUAAUCGUGUCGUAGCCAAUCAAGUAGCUCUAGAAGCAUGUGUACAAACUAGUAAUGAAGGAUGACGAUACAUUACACCCUUUUGGAACUCAAUAUCAACGUUGAGAUUUUGCUCCACAAUCGUUUAUAACGUACGCAUAUAGCCUAAAUAUCAAGAUUCAAAAAAAGCGCUAGUAGCAUAUGAAAAGGUAGAAAAGAGACACUAUGAGUCUAUGACGUUGUUUUAAGGUGCAAAUUAGUGCUGAUUUAAUUGCUACGUCACUUAUUUAAUGGUCAACUUUUAGGGUUGACUGCCACGUCAGAUAAAGUUAAUAGAGACUAACGGAGAGUGACCAAACUUGGAUUGCAUAACUAAUUUAAGUGACCAUGAAUGGAAUAAAUUAAUCUUAGUGGCAAACGCGAAAUUUUAUAGUAAUUCUAAUGACCAAACUUGCAAUUUAGCCGGAGUUUUGUAUUGAUAAAUGAUAAUGUAGGUUCUCACUGUUACAAAACUGAACUCUGAUGAUCUAUGUAUAAAAGCUUCUAAGAUAAUGUUAUAGGUAGGGGUGGAAAUCGGUACGGUAUCGGUAUCCCAAUAUCAAAUACCAAAAUCUCGAAUACCAAAUUACACCCUAAAAUCAAUCUCAAUCCCUAAAUAAUUUCGGUAUCCCAGUCCCUAAAUAUUUUGGUAUCCCAGUCGGUAUUGCAGUAUCCCAAUCGUUAUUAUCGAGUACCAAAUUAGUUACCUUUGUAAUUAAUAAUUAAAUAUAUAAAUUAGAUUUGA